UGACCGCAACCUCCACUGGGUAUCCCUCCUGGUGGGCAUUGCGGUGGAGGUGGAACAGAGACUCAGGGCUACCGACGGUGGGACAGGACGCGGGGGUGGAGGUGGGGGGCCCGGGUGGCCAGUGCCUCUGCCAGUGCCUCGCAGUACCGGGAUGAGAGCUGCAGGUCAGGACCAGAGCUCCAGGGCAGCCCCGCGGCUGCUGACCUUACAGCGACAUCUGAGCUGCCCCGAGAGCAGUGGCCAGGAGCCUGAGGACAGCCCGUUGACCAUACAUGUGCUUGACACUGCCUCUGGGCUCCCCAUCCCCGGCCUCUGCCUCCAUUUGUCCCAGCUUGAAGACCUCAGYCAGCAGUGGACAGAGCUAAGAAAAAGCUACACAGACCCAGAUGGCCACUGCCCUGGGCUCCUGAGGACAGGCCAAAUGAAGCCAGGCACCUAUAAGCUGACCUUUGACACAGAGGGCUACUGGAAGGAGAUGGGGCAGGAGAGCUUCUACCCAUAUGUAGAGAUUGUUUUCAUCAUCAUCAAUGAAACCCAGAAGCUCCACCUGCCUCUGCUGCUGAGCCCAUGGUCCUAUACCACCUACAGAGGGAGCUAGAGCUAGAGAGCAGCUAUGACUCCGGUGGAUAAAGCCAGUGCUGCAUCUAGAGACCUACUCCUGAUGGGCU